AUGGACUUCUGCGAAGGCGGGGAGCUUGCCAGACAGAUCCGAAGGGCAAGACGAAAUCAUCAGAGGAUUCCAGAGGAACAGAUCCUUCGAUGGUUUACGCAGGCGACGCUUGCCGUAAAGUUCAUCCACGACAAGCACAUCCUUCACAGGGAUUUAAAGCCUGCCAACUUCUUCCUUACAAAGAAUGGGUCUUUGAAGAUGGGGGACUUUGGAAUAGCAAAAACGAUGGCUUGCACCAUGGCAUGUGCAAAGACCAGGAUUGGCACGCCGUACUACCUGAGUCCAGAGGUGUGCCAGGAAAAGCCGUACAACUGGUCGUCAGACAUGUGGUCCAUGGGCUGCAUUCUUUAUGAGAUGUGUGCCCUGCAGGUACCUUUCGAUGCUCACAGUAUCUCGGGCCUUGUGCAGAAGAUCUGCUAUGGCCCGCUGCCCUUGGUUCCGGACUGCUAUUCUGACUUCCUUCGCCGGCUGUGCAGACAACUUCUGGACCGUGAGCCGAAGAAGAGACCGUCUGCAGACGAGGCCAUCUACAUGCUGGCUGGUACAUGCUACAUUCAAGCACAUUUGCUAGACGUUGACAUGAUGCCUCCGCCCAAGAUGUCGUGGCUUUCGCCCACCCGUCUGCGUAAGGAGAGAUGCUUGGUGUUGCUGGUACUCGGGACGGUGCUCUUCAAUGCCAUGCCGGCAGGAGACGACGAUGUUCAUCGUGGCCCAGGCUGGACCUUUGCUCAAGGACAGAGGCGUGCAACGAUCGCCGCGCUGGCGGCAAGCCUCAGCCUGCCGGGUCCGGCGCAAGCGGGCUUGCCCCUGAUGUCUUUCACUUCGGGCGGCUGGGUGGAAUACACCGUCGGAGGGGCGUUUAAGGUUUCGAUGCCGGACAACUAUAAGGUGCUUGAAGAGACGUCUACAAAAGUUGUUUGGCAAGGUGACAGGACUGGCCAGUACAACACGAUGUCUGCAGAGGUGAAGGUGGUUGAUGCCGACACGUUGGACAAAGCCUUGGGGAUGGCGGGCUUGAGCAUUAAAGACAUCGGUGAGAAGUUGUCAGACAAGAGACCUCUCAAUGGUGCAGACUUUUAUGGCGAGGCAAAGCUGGAAGGUGUGGAGGGCUACCGCUUUGAAUUUGUCGGCGACUCCAUUCACGAGUAUGUGCUGCAUGCCCUGGUGCGGAAGGGCUCAAGCAACCUGCUAUGCACGGUCACUACCCGAGCAGCAGGCCUUCUAUGGAGCAAUAACAACCGCUAUCAGACCUUUGAGAAGAUCAUCGCGAGCUUCACGCCGCAAGAACGUGCAGCCAAAGGGACAGCUGGCGUGGCAGGCGCCUACAGGAAGGAUGAUCUAGCGGAGUACUACUCCGUCACGCAUGGCGAGUGGCUACCAGCCAUAGUAACAGACUCGGACGCACUCGGUCGAGUCAUGAUUGACUUACGGCCAGGCGUGUGGCUCUCGCCGGACGUGCAAGCGACGAAGAUGCGAUCAAGGAGACGCGAAGGCUCCAGCGACAGCUCUGGAAGUGAGGAACCUCGGCCCGAGAAAGUCUCUGAGGAGGAUGCCCAUGGCAUCGUAGGUGAGGUUUCAAUCGUUCCGGCUCCCGCGGAACAGUUGAAGAAGCUGCCAAACGGGCGAAGGAGGGCCGUCGGUGUAGCUCUUCGUCUGCGGGAAUCCCCGAGACCCCCGGAGGAGCCGCGGGUGCUUCGCUGUCACGAGGCCAACUACGACCAGCUGGACAAGCUUCUCGGGCAAGAGAAGGCUCGGCCAGUUGGACGAAGUCCAUCAGAGCGUGCCUCAGAGGGCUGUGACAAAGGCUGA